AUGAGCCGCCAGUCGAACUGGGGGGAGACGCACUACGAAGAACUGGUCAACGUCACAAGGAGACUGCAGUCCUACGUCAGCAUCUAUGUCGCGAACGAAAACACCCCCUACAUCAUCGAACGGGAAGUCCUGGAAACUCAGUCAAGCUACUUCCGCCAGCUGCUCCAGAGCGGCCACGUGCCUCUCUUCCGGUUCCCAGACGACCAGCUGAACACUUGGCGUGUGCUCCUGUAUUGGCUCGAGGAGGAAAGUCUGCCACUCGUCCUCGUAGAGCCUCUCCUCGAUAAUACCUAUCAAAUGGUCAUAGAGUGCUACGCAUUGGGAGAGAAAUACGGCUUCAGUGCAUUUCAAGACCGGAUCAUGGGAUACGUCCUCGACGAAAUAAAUGAGUGGCCCGGUGUGGACAUAGAGCCUUGGUGGUGCCAGCGGGACGUGGUGGCGGACGCAAUCAGCCACACUUUCAGAUCAACUCAACCAUGUACCAAGCUACGCGAAGUCUUUGUCGAGGAGGCAGUCUUGUUCUACUUCUGGGACGACGAAGACCCGUUCGGAGUGCCUUUCUCGCAGCAGCAGCUUAUCGACUUCGAUGGCUCUGGGUUCUUCCAGCUAUUUGCAAAGAAACAGGCCGAAAUGGGUCGAGGCAUCCCUCCUGAGGCUCAGAGAAACGAUGUUCAAGAAGAUGGUGAGGAUGAAAGCGAAGAGGACGAAGGCCGUAGGUUCGAUGAACUGCAUCUUUCCAUGUCUAGAUUCGACAGGGAUCGCAACCCCUUGCGUUUCUGGACGAACUAUAUGGUCAAUCCGAAGGAGCAGUACAAGCAGCGCGGCGAGUAUAUGGACUGA